GCUGCCCAGCGCAUCUGCCCCUUCCCCGCCUCCCCCGACGUUGACACGACGCCGGCGCCACCGGAUUGUCGAUUCGCCCUCGCCAGCUCGGAUUCGCGUCGUGCCCCUCCUCUCCCAGCGCCGUGCGCUCAAAUCCUUCCGUCUUCUCGGCGCUGCCGGCUUGACGCUGUGCCGCGCCAGCACGGGAGCCCCGCCGCGGCCAAACCCUAGCGAGCGCCCGUCCCCGCCCUCGUCGGCGCCGCCCCUCUCCUCGCCGUUUAUUCGGGCUCCCGUCUCUUGUUACAAGUGGGUCCAGACGUCCAGUUGCAGGCCGCGAGCUGCUGUCGUCGUCGUUGACACCUAUAGCAGCUUCCAGGUCGCUGCCAGCCAGCGGGCGUUCUCCCACGUGAGGCGGCAGGACGUGAGGUUCAGGAUGAUGAGCAGCAACAGCGGCGGCGGCGCAGGAGGCUCUGGCGGGGGCAUGGGUCCGGGAGUGGGUGGAGGCGGGGACGGGCGGCAUGACGAUGAGGCUGCACUUACCGAGUUCCUCUCAUCGCUCAUGGACUACACCCCCACGAUUCCCGACGAGCUGGUGGAGCACUACCUCGGCCGCAGCGGGUUCCACUGCCCCGACCUUCGCCUAACGAGACUGGUUGCUGUAGCCACCCAGAAGUUCCUAUCAGACAUUGCUAGUGAUUCUCUUCAACACUGCAAGGCCAGGGUAGCAGCACCUAUCAAAGACAAUAAGAGCAAACAGCCUAAGGAUAGACGUCUUGUAUUAACCAUGGAUGAUCUUUCUAAAGCUUUGCGUGAGGAACAUGGAAUUUCCUCUUUCCUGCCUAAAUCUUUCAGUCCGAUUAGCACAACUCUUGAGGCUGUUGAAAACUAUGCAUGGUGUGAACUUGAAACACCCGGAGUACUUCGCAGACAGCCCUUCAGCAGGAAUGGCUCCUUCGACAAGAGAGGAGUAGAUUGAAUUAGGCCAACUUGUACGAAGUGUCCAAGUGGAACUAGAAAUUAUACAGGGAUCAUGUGGAAUGAAUGGGCAUGCUGGCAUUAUUGCCCGAUCAGUUCGUUGUAACGGUGGACUACCAUAAUCUCCAAAGUGUAUCCCCAUUGCUAUUCGGGAUGUAUUGUUAUUAGAGUACUGCUAAUAUGAUUAGUAUUUCUCUACAAUUUUAAUAUAAAGUUUGUCUUCAUCUAAGUUCA